AUGUCAGAUAAGUCGUUCAAGUCAUUAGGUUUAUCGAAAUGGUUGGUAGAAGCUCUGAAUGCUAUGAGAAUAUCCACUCCAACUGCUAUUCAGAGUAACUGUAUACCUGCGAUUCUAAAUGGUAGAGAUUGUAUCGGUGGUGCAAAGACAGGUUCUGGUAAAACAGUCGCAUUUGCUGCACCAAUGUUGACGAAAUGGUCGGAAGAUCCAUCAGGUAUGUUCGGUGUCAUUUUAACACCAACAAGAGAGUUAGCUAUGCAAAUCGCAGAACAAUUUACCGCAUUGGGUGCGAGCAUGAAUAUUAGAAUUUGUCUCGUAGUUGGUGGUGAAAGUAUUGUUAAACAAGCUUUGGAAUUACAGAAAAAACCACAUUUUAUAAUUGCCACACCAGGUAGAUUAGCACACCAUAUUAUGGCAAGUGGUGAAGAUACAGUUGGUGGACUAAUAAGAACUAAAUUUUUGGUGUUAGAUGAAGCUGAUAUCUUAUUGACUAGUACUUUUUCAAAAGAUUUGGCCGUCUGCAUUCAAAAAUUACCAGCUAAGGACAAAAGACAAACAUUGUUAUUCACCGCUACAAUAACUGAUCAAGUAAGAGCAUUGCAAAAUGCACCAACACAAGAAUACAAACCACCAUUGUAUUGUUAUGAAGUCGGUACUGUUGAUACUGUGGCUAUCCCAUCAACUUUGAAAGUCGAAUAUCUAUUGGUCCCAGAUUAUGUCAAAGAAGCUUAUUUGUAUCAAUUACUAACUUGUGAAACUUAUAAAGAUUCAAGUGCCAUUGUAUUUGUAAAUAGAACAGCGACUGCAGAAGUUCUUCGAAGAACAUUAAGGGAAUUGGAAAUUAGAGUAACCUCUUUACAUUCGCAACUACCGCAACAAGAAAGAACCAAUUCUUUACAAAGGUUCCGUGCUAAUGCUGCAAGGGUAUUAAUAGCAACUGAUGUAGCUGCUAGAGGUUUAGAUAUCCCAAUUGUCGAGCUAGUUAUCAAUUACGACAUACCCCAAGAUCCAGACACCUUUAUUCACAGGUCUGGUCGUACUGCCCGUGCGGGCAGAAAAGGUGAUGCCAUAUCAUUCGUUACUCCAAGAGAUAUAACAAGAAUUCAAUCAAUCGAAGAAAGAAUAAAUAAGAAAAUGGAAAAAUGUGAUAAAGUUCAUGAUACUGCCGUGAUAAGAAAAGCUUUAACCAAAGUCACAAAGGCUAAACGUGAGUCCUUAAUGGCAAUGGAAAAAGAAAAUUUUGGUGAAAAGAGAAGACUUCAAAAACAAAGAAAUAUCGAUCAAAAAAGCUUCAGAAAUUGA